AUGGAUAAAAUUAUAAUGAAGGAUACAAAGCUUUCCUCAUCAUCCUCAUCAACGUCGGAAUUUCCAACUGCGGAAGGAGUGUUAAGGCGGCGUAAUGAGACGGAACCAAUAUCAGUAAUGACGGUCCAUGACGUGUUCCUAAGUUUCAGAGGAGAAGAUACUCGUGCUUCCUUCACUUCACAUCUCUGUACCGCUCUUCUCAAUGCCGGAAUUAAGGUUUUUAUUGACGAUAAUGACCUUCAAAUAGGAGAUCAAAUUUCACCAUCUUUAUCACUAGCAAUCGCACAGUCUCAGAUUUCUAUAAUUGUUUUUUCAAUAAAUUAUCCCGAUUCACGAUGGUGUCUCGAUGAAUUGGAGAAAAUAAUGAAUUGUCGCAUAGACAGAGGGCAGGUUGUUGUUCCGGUGUUUUACCAUAUAGAUCCUUCUGAAGUGCGUCAUCAGAGAGGCCAGUUUGGAAUAGCUUUUCAACGUCUUUUGAACAAAAUUACAGACGGAAAGGAUAUCCUUUUCCUACGUGGAGCUAAUAGGGAAAUGAUAUGGAGUUUCCUACGUGGAGCUAAUAGGGAAAUGAUAUGGAGAGAAACACUUCGUAUGGCAGCUAAUAUCGCAGGGUUCGUGAUACUAAACUCCAGGAAUGAAAGUGAAGAUAUCAAAAGAAUUGUUGACAAUGUUUCACAUUUGCUCAACAAGACAGACUUGUUUGUUGCACAUAAUCCUGUUGGAAUUGAGUCUCGAGUGCAAGAAGUGAUUCAACUUCUACCCAUUCAAUCAAAUGGUGUUCUACUACUAGGGAUGUGGGGCAUGGGGGGAAUUGGCAAAACAACCCUUGCAAAAGCCAUUUACAAUAAGAUUGGCCGCAAUUUUAAAGGUAGGAGCUUCCUUGCUAAUAUUAGAGAAAAUGGGGAGAAAAUAGAUGGACUACUGGGUUUGCUAAAGCAACUUCUAUUUGAUAUCUGCAAAGAACCAACAAUCACGAUACCUAACAUCGAGUCAGGAAUGAACACAUUGCAGAGUAAACUCAGUUACAAAAAAGUACUCAUUGUACUUGAUGAUGUGAAUACGUUAGACCAAUUGCAUACUUUCUGUGGAAGUCCCAAAUGGUUUGGUCCAGGGAGUAUAAUAAUCAUCACAACCAGAGAUAUGCAUUUACUUCAAAGGAGAGUUCACAAAAUAUACAAUAUGACAAUAAUGAAUGAAAGUGAAUCAAUGGAGCUUUUUAGUUGGAAUGCAUUUAAGCAAGCGACUCCUACUAGAGAUUUUGAUAGAAUUUCCAUAAAUGUAGUUAAAUAUUCUGAGGGGUUGCCACUAGCCCUUGAAGUCCUUGGGUCUUAUUUGUAUAAUAAGACGGAGUCGGAGUGGGAACUUGUAUUGGAGAAACUCCAAAGAAUUCCUCAUAACCAAGUGCAGAAUAAGUUAAGAAUAAGUUAUGACGGUUUAAAUGAUGAUGAUGAGCAAGAAAUAUUCCUUGACAUAGCUUGUUUCUUUAUUGGGAUGGACCGAAAUGAUGUUAUACUUGUAUUAAAUGAUUGUGGACUUUCUGCUGAAAUUGGAAUAAGGGUCCUUGUUGAGCGAAGCCUCGUGACUGUUGAUGAUAAGAACAUUCUUGGAAUGCAUGGUUUGAUGCGAGAUAUGGGAAGAGAAAUCAUUCGUGAGGAAUCACCAAGGAGGCCUGAGGAACGUAGUAGGUUGUGGUUUCACGAGGAUGUGGUUGACGUAUUAUCAAGACAAAAUGGAAAAGAAGGUGUUUUGGGACUGGCUUUAAAGCUGUCUAGAGCUAAUGCAAAAUGUUUUAGUACUAAAGCAUUUGAGAAGAUGGAGAGACUCAGACUCCUUCAACUUGAUGAGGUAAAACUUGAUGGAGAUUUUGAAUAUGUUUCUAGAGAUCUGAGAUGGCUGUCAUGGAAUGGAUUAAGUCAAAUUCCUAUAAACUUCUAUCGAAAAAAUUUAGUUUCCAUCGAGUUAAAGAACAGCAAUCUUGAACUUCUAGGGAAUAAGACUCUGUGGAUGGUGAAGCUGAAAAUUCUAAAUCUUAGUCAUUCUCACUUUCUCACACAAAGCCCUGACUUUUCAAACAUGCCUAAUCUUGAAAAGCUAGUACUCAAAGAUUGUCCAUUGUUAUAUGCGAUUGAAAAGUUGGAAGAGGACUCGGAACAAACGGAAUCUUCAAUAACACUGCGAUAA